AUUCCAAGUGACAGCCACGUAGGAUACUGUUAAGGAACCUCAUCCCAGCUGCAACUCAGCGAGAAUGGCUAACAAUGUCUUUUACUUUUAUUUCGCGCCGACGUGGGACUGGCCCCCGGAUGGUCCCAUAAAGUUGGGGAAUGUCCUCACCUCAAUAAAGAAGCCGGAACAGCCACUGUACACAGCCCCGCUGCCUGCUGCGUCCGAGGUGUUCUCGUCGGAAAAGACCGAGGUCGAGUACAGUCAGGAGAAGCUUGCAGAGGGCAACUUCUCUAUCUUGACGAAGUUCCUGAGCAUUCUUGGCGUGGGUGUCGAUGUCGGUGCCGACUGGCAAACCAGAAACGAAGAGUACGCCUUCGAGCGGGUGAUUACAAUGCAAUUCGUUCCGAAAGAAGACUACAUCCAGACGUGCAUCGAGACCGAGGCGGUGCGACGCUAUUUGGACCGAUCUCGCUAUCGCAAACCCCUCUACGUCAUAACUGGGAUCAAGACCGUGUACGGGGCCAAAGUCAAAUCGCACAAGUCCCGAGCACACAGCGGCAAGCUCGGGGUCUCGGUCGACGGCACCUUGUCUAGCGGUGGAAUCGUCCCGGUCAGCCUUGAGCCCGGAGUCGGGGGCAAAAGCGAGGCGAGGACAGGCACGAGCUGGGAAGGGAGCAGCGACUUCGUCUUUGCCUUUCGGGUCCGUAAGAUCCAUGUCAGCAAGAAACCGCAAACGAUCGACAAGAACGAUGACUACAACAAGGGUGCUUUACUGGACGGUACGAAAGACAAGAUCGAAGAGGACUUCCCGGAUCUUCUCAUCUCGUUGCAGGAAGAUCCCAAGCCAGAGGACGAAGGAUACCUCGAGGGCGAGUUCAUCGAAGGUGACACGGUCGUCGCUUGCGCCAUUCCCAAGGUCGAGAAUGAUGAUGAGUAGGAAAAAUGAUCUAACCCCUCCCUUGAAUGAUGCCGAAGCCCACCCUUAAGGAUCGUUGGCAUCUUCUACGAAUUACGAACACAUAACUAUAUCGAGCAUCAUUAGGAUGUGCUGUGAUCACGCGUUGGAUAUUAAAGCCUGCCCUCGUUCCCUAACUGUUCAAAAGGUCGCAGAGUGUCGGGUCUAUCAACUCCCUACCCUUGCCAAAGAGGUUGUCCGAGUACAAGCUCAAAGUGAUAUAGUGAUAGUCAUCGCGGCUUAUGGACUUCUGGGUCUUCUCGGCUAGUCUCAGAAGC